AACGCUUCAACUUCUGUCAAAAAUUUAAGCUGGAUUCAUAGAAGAAUUAAGCUCAUAAGAUCUACUAUUAAAACAAAUUAUACCCAGGUUGACAUAUACAUCGUUCCUGUUAUAUCAGUUAUAUAUUGCCAAAACUUGAAUUUAAAAAUUUGUGCUGUCAGUAUGGACGAGCUAGGCCUAUUAUGUUCGGAAAAUACACCGCUAGAACACUCGCCUCGUGCAACAUAUGAUCCCAACCUGUUACAUAACCAGAGAGUUUUAGAACUAUUAUUGACCACGGAAGACCGCUAUACUGUUUCUUCUGCCUAUUGGAAGUAUGUCCAAACUGAGGUUCGACCCUUUAUGAGAAAGGUAGUGACAACGUGGAUGCUCGAGGUCUGUGAAGAACAGAACUGCGAAGAGACCGUUUUCCCUGUUGCUGUUAACUACCUAGACAGGUUCCUAGCUAAGACAAGUAUUAUGAAGUCACAGUUGCAACUGUUAGGAGCAGUGUGCCUUUUGCUAGCAUCCAAGUUCCGACAGUGUCGGCAUCUAACGGCUGAUGUAUUAGUAUAUUAUACAGAUUACUCUGUUACAAGAGAAGAAGUUUUGCCUUGCAUCUCUUAUGAACAGAAAAGUCCUCGUCUCCAAAGCUUGCGUAGACCGAUCGCGAUGAUUUCUCUGUCACUAUCUAUUAUGAUGUUGGAUAUAUAUGUAUCAAGUGUUGUCAUAAUAUCACCUCCAUCAGUGGCUCAGCGAUAA